AUGAGCGUCCCCGUCUUCCACCAUGUCCCCAAGCCCAUUUCCUUCGUCGAGUUCAGCGAGGCCGUCCGCGCAACAUGUCCGCCGCGAUUCCCCCACGCCCUGUACACGGUGCCUCGUCGCGUGGCCCUCGCCGUGAGCGGCGGUGCCGACUCGAUGGCCCUCGCCUUCCUCUUCAGCCGCCUGCGCACUCUCGACCAGGGCAUGAAGGUUGCCGACAACAGCAUCGUCGCCAAACCCACCGCCUUUGUUGUCGACCACCGCCUGCGUCCCACGAGCACCAAGGAAGCCAACCGGACCAUCGACCUCAUCCAGUCCCUCAGCAAGUUCAUGAAGGCUGAGCUUCUCACCAUCCACUGGGCCCGCGAGCUGGGCCUGACCAACACCGCCGCUCGCCAUUUCGACCCCAACGCCCUGCCCAACGUCGAGACGCUCGCACGCCGCCUGCGCUACCGCCGCCUCGGCAUGGCCUGUGCCGCCUUCGACAUUGCCAGCCUCUUCACCGCCCACCACCAAGACGACCAGUACGAGACGGUCCUCAUGCGCCUGCUCAACGGCCACCGUGCGCGGGGCCUCCGUGGCAUGGCCCCCGCCGCCAACAUUCCCGAGUGCUUCGACAUACACGGCGCCUACGAGAGCGGCUUUGUCGACGACCAGCUGCGGCCCCAGCCCUACAUCCGCUUCCAUCCUCGGAAGAAGGACUGGCGCCUCAUCCGCCGCGACAUGCGCCGCGACCUCGACAAGGCCGCCUACGCCGCUGAGCUGCGCCGCGGCCUGCAGACGGAGCUCGACAUUGCCUACAUCCACCAGCAGUAUGCCGACGGAGCCGGCAGCAGGCCCUUGUCGAGGCGACACGCGCCGCCGCUGCCGCCGCUGCCGCCCAUCCAGACCGAGGACGCCGGCGUCGUCGUCUACCGGCCCCUGCUCGCCUUCCCCAAGGACCGUCUCAUCGCCACGUGCGAGGCCAACAAUGUGCCGUGGAUCGAGGAUCCCACCAACAAGGACCCCACCAUGACCAUGCGCAACCGCGUCCGCUACAUGUGGAAGGGCCACGACCUCCCCGCGCGCUGA